AUGCCUUGUUUCCGGACUUCACCCUCCUCCUUGUGCCUCCUCCUCUUCCUCCUGGCUUCCAGCUCUGCCUCUGAAGAUGAUACUGUGGUGGUGACCAGCAGCGGUCCUAUUAGAGGCAAACGGCUCCCAGCUGGCCCUGGCUCUGUGACCGCCUACCUGGGCAUCCCCUAUGCUGAGCCCCCCAUAGGCAAACUGCGUUUCCAGAAGCCGGUUCCACAUCAGCCGUGGAGCCAGGUCUUGGAGGCCACCAGCUUUGGCAACUCUUGCCUUCAGUUUAAUAACGAUUCCUUCCCUGAUCGACCCAUAUGGACUCCAAACACGCCACUUUCAGAGGACUGCCUCUUCCUCAACAUCUGGGUGCCCCAUCCACGGCCAGUCACAGCAGUGCCCAUCCUUGUAUGGAUCCAUGGUGGGGGUUUUAGCAUGAACUCAGCCUCAGCAGAUGUCUUAAAUGGAGGCUUAUUAGCUGCUACAGAGAAUGUCAUUGUGUGCAACUUAAAUUUCCGCAUGGGGACCCUGGGUUUCCUGUACCUGCCGCCAGCUGCCCCAGGAAAUGUUGCAUUGUGGGACCAACAUCUGGCUCUGAAGUGGGUGAGUGAGAAUGCAGCUGUCUUUGGCGGGGAUCCAGCUCGGUUGACUCUCCUUGGCUUAGGUGAAGGAGGAGCUUUAGCAGGUUUCCACCUACUUUCACCAGCAAGCCAACCCCUUGUUGCCCGUGGUGUCUUUCAUAGUGGAGUCCCCACUGCCCACUGGGCCUGGAGGAGUCCGGAAAAGGCUGAAAGAGAAUCAGCGAUGGUGAGUCAGCUCAUGGGGUGUCCUAAAACUAACCACAGUGCAAUGGUCAGCUGCCUACAGGGGAAGGAAAUUGAGAGCCAUGCACUUUCUGAACUUUGUGGUAUCAGAUCAAUAACCACGGAUGGGGAAUUUCUCACCGAUGAGCCCAGAAAGCUCCUGGAGAGAGGCAUUCAAGGCAAACCCAUUCUUACUGGUGUCAUGGCUAAUGAAGACUCAUUCCUGGCAUACCUUAUGCUUCCUAGUGCUGAAGUAAAUGAUGGGAUCCUGACCUGGGAACAGCUUCUUGAGGGGGUGCUGGAAACUCUGAAAACCGAAGAGGUUGCCAGGGCUAUAGCCCUGAAGUAUGUUGAAUACUUUCAUGGGCCAGAGCGGUACCGUUUGGCCUUGAUUCAGUAUUUGGGAGAUUAUCCCUUUUUAUGCCCAGUGAUGGAGUUUGCUGCAAAGGCCAGGGAGCUUGGGAGCCCAGUUUAUGUUUAUUCCUUCAGCCACCGCAGUUCUGGAUUUCCUUGGCCAGAGUGGAUAGGGACCCCCCAUGGAGCAGAGAUCCCGUACUUGUUUGGAAACUUGGCAGUAUCAUUGCGGAAAGAUCCAUCGGAGGCGGAGGUGGAAUUGAGCCGGCGAGUGAUGAGAUACUGGGCGGAGUUUGCCAGAAGCGGGUAAGGUAUUCACCUUUCUGUGCCAAGGACUAAGUAUGCCAGCCCAUAUAUACAGACAUACCCUUUAAUACGUUUAAUGCCCCUCUCCGUUUGACAACUGAUUGGUGGGAUUUCAGGACUGAAAAUAUUCUAGGGAUGACAACUCGAUGCUGACAAUCAUGUAAGUGCUGGAUGCUUCAGCCUUAAAUCAGUCUGAAGUUGUAAUGUGGCAAUGAUUUCUUUGUUGCCUUUAUAGGAAUCCCACUGAGUCUGCGCCGAAUGAGGAACAGUGGCCUGUCUACAACGCCACAGAGCAGAACAUCUUCCACAUCACCACAGAGGCAGCCCAGCACAAAUGGAUGCCACCUGGUCCACGAUGUGCUUUCUUGGCCACUCAUCUAGCAAAUGCAUUAGAAGCAAGUGAGUUCUCUAAAAACUCCCCAUGGCAGUAUUGUUCCUUCAGAGCUCCAAGGUUCCUGCUCCUCUCCCGACGCCAUCACUGGCUUAACCUCUGGGUUUAUGAAACAUUAAAAAUACAGCGAGAAUAUUAAGCUACCAACUGAACCACAUCAUAUUAUCUGCUACACAAAUUUUCAUGAAUAUAUAUAUAUAUAUAUAUAUAUAUAUAUAUAUAUAUAUAUCGCCAGUUGUGUGAAAAAUGCAGAGAACUGAAUUUAAGAACGGAGAAAUGAGAACCUGGGAGAACCAAAAUGGGCAGAUCUGUUCAUCCAUAGUGGUUAGUGGUCAAGGAUGAGCAUUACAAGCCAACAUCUGGAGGGUCAUGUGUUCCCUAUCCUCCUUUUUCAUUUUUUAAAAUUCAUUUUUAGUCCCCGCAGCAUUCUGGUACAGGAGACAUGAUGGCUGGAGCCUGAGGAUCAAAAAGCUUUGCUGUCAUCAGUGUAGGAUUCACCACGGUGAGACCUUUUCUUUAAAAAGUGAGCAGAGGAAGGGAAUACUUGCUCCCCGCAGCCACCUCAGAGUACUUUGCCCUUGAAAGAGCUUAGGACCCUAUCUUCAAUGGGGCACAAAGGGUACCAUAACAAUUCAGAGUGGGAGGAUUUCGGCCUGCUUUUGAUUUAAAACAGGAAACUAAUCAGAUCUCCUGCAUGAGGAGCGAUCUUCUGUUGAUCAGUUCUUCCCUCCUACCCUCUCUUUUUUCCAUUUGCAGGGAAAUCUGAAGAAGGCUGUGUUUCACCCAUUCAGGAGAAAGAUGUGAAGAAUGAGGCCCGAGAUGGCGAAAACCAGGCCUCAGGAACAGUUUAG